AUGACGACCCGCAAACCCCGACGAUUGAACAAUGGCAAUGGCAACAAUCAUCGUCACAAUCACCAUGGCACGCAACCCUCCGACUAUGAAUCCGACUACCCAAACUACUUUUCCGACACGCAACAACAGCAAGAACAGCACAUGCCUCCCCCGCCGUUACGCUCCAACGAGGAGCUGAACCUCUCUGUCCUCCGCCGCCAUAACCCCUCUGUGAACUCGAUUCUGUCUCUCGCUCCAUACGCAGUGGUUUACUUGUUCAACCCGACCUCCCGACAGUGGGAAAAAAGCGGCGUGGAGGGCUCACUAUUUGUCUGUCAACUAUCUCAAGGAAAGCUAGGGGAGGAACGAUACAGCGUCUUUGUGCUGAACCGACGCGGCCUCAACAACUUUGAUAUUCUGUUGACGGACGGAGACAACGUGGAGCUUACGGAGGAAUAUGUCAUCAUCAAAUCCGACUAUGACAUGGAUACAACCCAAGGCAUGAACAACAAUAAUGACUACAAUGGUGCCCAGAAGAAUGCAAAUCCCGCCGACGUCCGUAUCUACGGCCUCUGGAUCUUCUCCGAGCCACCGCCAAACUCGACAGCCGAAACACGCACAAUCAACGCCCAUAUGAUCCGAGAGUGCGCCGUUCAUGCAGGCCAGAGUCUGAAGAUCGCCCAUGAGCGACUAGAUGCAGCGCGUCAGAACGGCCUUCAUGUUGCUGCUGCUGCCGCUGAGGCUGGCUCCAUGGAUGAAAUGUACUCGAGUGUUCCUAUGGGCCGUCAGAUCUCCUUGAAGGACCUCUUUGGCCAACAGAGAGCACAGGACGAUGAAUGGAGUGUUAAGGCGCACAAUAUUGGUCAACAGCAAUGGCAGCAGACACCGAUGGAGACGCCGGCGGCGGAACCGCAACCUCGACAGGAUGUUCUGGGGGAUUUGUUCAGAAGAGCAGGACUGCCCUACCAGGGGAACUCUUAG